AUGGCUGCGAGAUCAUCAGUUCGAUACAACGUUUUUGACGAUGCCACGGAGGAAUUGAGCGAUCUGGAGUUUCAUCAGAGAGAACAAAGAUCAAUCCCGCACUCUUCAAGCGAGACCGAGGAAGAUGGCCCGCGACCACCUGAUCCUGUGCGAGGGACCGGAUGUCCGCUCGAGGUGAUGCCAGAAUGCCCCAAAGGCCGGGCAGUCAGCUACUCGCUGAAGUGGUACUAUCUCCCAGACAUAUUCGACGACGCGGCGGACUACUUGAUAUGCGCCAGAUGCCAUGCCGACUACAUCCAAGGAACCGCUCUCGAAAUUCAGUUCAAGCAGAUAGAGUGGCCCGACGGUGAAAUUGCUGCCUGCGGGUUUCGAUUCCCUCGAGUGAAGCAAGUCCUUUGGCCAGAGGCCCUUCGAACAAACAAUGUGAAUCCCCUGCGUGAAUUCAUGACUAGGCGUCUGCAGAUCAAGCGCUGUCCUGAACAAGUCUUGACCGAGGACACUGAGGGCAGACGCCUCUAUGGCAUGGUGGGGGGCGAAGUUGAUGGAUUUGUUGCGUGCGAGGCCUGCUUCGAAGACCACAUAGCUGGAACCAGCUUCGAGCCCUAUUUCGGUACUUAUCCUGAGGGGGUCAUCACAAAAUGGAGCUGCGAUUUGAGCAUUCCGUACAUUUCGAGUGCUGCUGCUUCCAUGUCCAAACACAGUAACUGGAACGGCUUCGUGGCCGCCGCUCGUCGUCGACUUCAACUUCCAGCGUGCACAGGCGAGCAGAUACGGUCCGAUGCCAUGCCAUGGUACAUAUCGAAAUACUACGGAAUCGACAAGUUUCAAGUCUGCGAGACGUGCUAUCUAGACAAACUGGCGUUGACCCCUUUCAGGCGUGAGUUUGAACGCCUGUCCGACCACACGGAUCUGGAGAUGUGGCCCUGCCGAUUAACAGACAAGAAUCUGUCCACUGCGAUGGCGCUGGAGGCAGCGCUGAGAAGACGCGACUUUGAGGUCUUUGCAAAGGCGGAGCAGAUCAUCUGCAGCCUCGUUCCGUGCACAGCAGACGGGAUCCUCUACGGCAACUGGUGGACGCUUGCGGGGUGCGAGAAGUUCAACAUCUGCGAGGCGUGCUACGCCGGGUUUGUCCAGACGAGAGACCUAGACCGAUUCUUCCGACUGUCGGAUCGAGACACCUACACUGCCUACCUGUGCGACUUUUGCCCCGCGAGCCCGCGCUUCUCGCAAUACAUGUGCAAGUUUGCCGAGAUGCUGGACCGGGGCGUCUUCUCGUACCUGUCAGAUUUUGUUGGGACGUUUGCCGGCGUGCCUGCUUGUCCUCGGAUCAAGGGGAGCGGCAAGGCAAAGUGGUGGGGAUAUCCCGAGGCCCUGUUCUGCCAUGAGUGCUACGUCGACUUUGUGUCUCAUACGCCGCUUGGGGAAUCGCUGCCGAUUAAUGGCGAGUACAUGGAGCAGGCGACAAUCUGCCAGAUCUGGUCGCCACGGAUGCGCGAUCUGUGGCUCGAAGUCUGCAGAGCGGGCGACCCCGGAUCCGAAGCCUCGGAGGCCGCACUGGCGCAGUUCAAGACGUGCUGCGUGCAGAGGUUUCAGGUGUACGAGGCCACCAUCUCGCAGAUCGAGGUGAUCCGGACGAUGCAGGACAUUAAGCGGCAGAGGGCCUUUACCGACGGGAUGCUGAGUAUCCAGUACAGCGGCAUGGACGGCAUGGCGUCGAUGUUUGGCAACGGGGAUGGGUACAGACAUGGGAGCAGCAGCCUUGGAUGGUUCAACACGAGCUAUGGGGCGCAGUCGAAGCAGUACUGGAAUAGCUUCAGUCAGGGGCUUACGGAUGCGAAUCGGCCGGAGGACUGGGUGCGCAUUGCGCAGCUGGAGAAUCUUUGGAAGCAGGUUGAGUAG